AUGAUGACAUCUGACUUUUAUAAUAAUUUAAUAAUAUCAUCUAUAUUUCCCUUUAAAACAAACAAACAACCAACAAGAUCAAAAACUCGACGUCAUCGUUUUCUCGAUGGUCUCGCUUUAUUACUUAAUGGUUCAAAUAAAUGUACAUCAGUUUAUCCAUUGUUGAAAGAAAAAAAAAUAUUAAUAACAUGUAAUGAAUCAUUAAAAACUGAUGAUAAAAUUUAUUUUGAUGAAAUUUUUGGUUUAAUAAGAGAAUAUUCACAAUAUUGUUUAACAUCAAAUGAAAAUGAUAUGGAGGAAAUCUAUUUAUUAUUAGAAUCUAUUAUAUUUGAAUAUAACAAGAAUAAAUGUAUUAAACGUAUCACUGAUGAUUUAUUUAAUGAUGUUGUUUCAAAUCUUAAAAAAUUAUCAAAUGCUAAUGUUGAUGAUUUAUGUCAAAAAAUUACUUAUGGCAAAUUAAAAAAUGGUUCGCCCGAUUAUUGUUAUUUAAAAGAGAAAAAUAUUCUUUUAAAAGAAUAUAUUUUAAAAUUAUUUAAUUGGAUCGAUUAUAUUACUUCAAAUCGACAUGCUAUAAAAAACAAUAAAAACAAUGUUGAACUAGAAAUUAUUUUGAAAUUUCAAGUAUUUGGUGAAUUAUUAUAUAAUUCUGAAAUAUUUCGUUCUAUACUAUCAAAAGUAUAUUCAAUUGGUAAUGAUGUUGAACGUAUUCUAUAUUAUUUAGAUAGAGUAUCGGCACAUCAUCGAUCAUUGAAUUUAAUAUUAAAAACUUUACACGAACGAAAAUCUGAAUAUGGUGAAAUAUAUAAAAAUAUUCAAUGGUCUUUUAUUGAACCAAUUAAAACAAUCGUUGAAUUAAAGACAACACCAUCAUCUUCAUUUGAUAAAAUUUGGUUAGCAUGUGGUUUUGUAGAUAAUGAAACAAAAAAAGAAUUUCAAGAUAAAUUUAUUCAAAAUAAAUUUAAUUCAUAUGAUUCAAAUUUAAAAUUAUCAACAUGUUUACAUAGUGAAAUUCGAAUGAUAGAUUAUUUAAUUGAACAAAAUAUAAAAGAAGUUCAUGAUAAUGAUGUAGAAAUUGGAAUAUCGAAAUUACCAUGUUAUUUAUGUUCAUUAUAUAUUGAAAAAUUAAAUGGUGAUUUUAAUCGAACGUUUUAUAUUGGUUCUUUAAGAACUAAUGAAAAAAUUUAUCCAAAUUGGAUGUUUAGAAAUAAUGAAAAAGAUAAAAUAAUCUAUGAUAUUAAUAAUCAAUUAUGUAAAUUUAUUAAAAAUGAAGUACAAUUAUUUCAAUUAACAAUAAGAAACAAAAUCGAUAAUAGUGAUCAGCAAGCAACAGAAGCAGCAGAAUAUAUUAAUAAUCGUAUUUUACAUCUUAACAUGAGGUUUACGGAAGAUCUAUAA